CAACACUGUUCUGUAUAAUCACUAUUAUUAGAUAACCUUAAAAAUUGUUUUCUUCUUUAUUCGGAAAAAGAUUAUUAAAAAUUGUUGAAUUAGUUUUGAGUUGAAAUGCGUUUUUCUCCAAGACUAUAUGCCCAACACUUGGGAUGGACAUUUAAGAAACAUUGGCAAAUACAGGGAAAACGCAUACCAAAUGAUACCGGUGCUGCUAGCGAAUUAGAAAAACUUGGUAUUCAGGUGAAAGAUGUCGAAGAUGUUAUCAAACCAAAAGUAGAAAAACUACGUUUUGAAAUUAUUGGAAAUCACCCAGUAAUUUUGCCAGAAGAUGAAACACAUCCAGAUUGGCACCAGCAGAAAUGCCAUAUGUAUGGAAAUGCUAACGUUUUACUAGAGGGUUUGCAGCAAGCUCAAGUUCUAACUAAAACAAUAGAAGUAAAAGGUUUUCCAAAAACAAUCGAAGAUUCUAUAACGAAAACACAAUUACCUAGCAAUGUUGAUCGCCAUGUUCAUCAAUUGAUAAUGGCAUCACAUGUUUUAGAUGCGGAACAAGUAAAGUUACCAAAAGUCAAAUUACUGGAUAGACCUGCAUUUAAUCUACCAAGAGAUUAUGGAAUUUCCCACCAGCGUAAAAAUCGUCUGCUGACUAACAAAUUGAUUACUGAAUGCGAAAAAUUAUCGGGACGAUCUGUUGCCUCACGACGCCAAUUGUUGGAUCAAGUUGAUUUUAAGGUUACCAUUCCAAAAGGUGACGAUUUAUUGCAAUUCGAAGUAUCGGCUGAAAAACUAAUAACAUCCACUAGACCAAUUGAACAAAUCAAAGUUAAAUAUGAUGGAGAAUUACCCGAUUUAUAUCCCAUAAAGUACACAAUUUCAUUGCCAAAGAAAAAUAUUUACACAACUGAAACAUUUUAUCCACUUAGCAAAAGGAUAAACACUUCAAAUCCGCACACAAUUGUUACAUUUUUCAACAAGGAAUUUGUUGGUAAUUUACAUGAUGUUGGUGUGACAACAACACAAUUUCAGAGUCGAACAAUGCUGAAAGCUUUUGCUGUAGCUGCUGCAAGAGCUAAACAGUUAUAUGGAGAAUCUGCUUUAGAAAAUUUACCAAAACCUAUUGUGGUGCAAAGUAUUCAGACAGAUGGGCGCACUUUUCAUUUUGGUAUUUUUCAGUUAAAUACAUUGGCUCUUGGAGAAAACGGUGAUUUAAAAAAUUAUUGGUUCCACGAAUCGAACAUGGACCUGUUUACUGAAUGCGGUUAUAAGACUGGUCGUCCAUAUUUGGAAGGAUACAAUAAAGACGUUUUUCGUUGCUUGAAUGCCUUUUAUAAUAAUUCCUAAAUAAGUACCUAUAUAUAAUAACAAAAUAAAAGCAAUGUUCUUAAAAAAAUA